CGAAAUCGCGGAAGAGGGUCCCAGCAGCGGCUGCGGCCCCUGAAGAGGGACGACCCACAGGCGGGAAGUCUUCCCACAAGGGGGCGCUGCCACCUGCCCGGAGGAGGAGCCAAAGAGGGACCCGGGUUUUUGCCCCUCCGACGCACAAGAGUGGGGAAGACCCAUCCUGAUCAUGAAGGGCUCCAAAGGCAUCGACAACCCGGCUUUCGUUGCUUCCAGCCCAGACACCCCGCGCCGUUUGGUUCCAUCGCCGUCUCAUGUCGAGGUCUCUGUCUUGACCCGGAGAGAGGAUUCGCAGCCUCAGGAGCCUCAGAAGUCCCCGGACCUACCUCUGUCUUCAGUAACUACCCCCGGCUCCCAGGAGGGGUCCGGGCCAGUCUCACAGUCCGAGUUUGAGGAGGGGCCCUGCGGGUGGGGCAACUUCCAACCCCAGUGUUUCCAGCGCUGCAACACACCCCGGGGCUUUCUGUUUCACUACUGCCUCUUGGCCCUCACGCAAGGUAUUGUAGUAAAUGGCCUAGUAAAUAUUAGCAUUUCCACUAUUGAGAAGCGCUACGAAUUGAAGAGUUCCCUGACAGGCUUGAUAUCGUCAAGCUAUGAUAUCUCAUUUUGCUUGUUGUCUUUAUUUGUAUCAUACAUUGGUGAAAGAGGACACAAACCAAGAUGGCUUGCCUUUGCAUCCUUUAUGUUAGGACUGGGAGCACUUGUGUUUUCAUUGCCAAAAUUUUUUAGUGGAAGAUACCAAUUGGGGUCCCUUUUUGAAGAUGCUUGCUUAGCAGAAAAGAAUAAAGCCAUUUGUACGGCUUCAAGUUCUUCACUUUUCAAAUUCCUGUAUGUCUUUAUUUUGGGACAACUGUUGCUGGGAACAGGAGGAACUCCACUUUAUACCCUAGGAACAGCCUUUAUUGAUGAUUCUGUUCCCACACACAAAUCUUCUCUCUAUAUAGGAAUUGGCUUUGCCAUGUCAGUAUUAGGCCCUGCUUUUGGCUAUGUGUUGGGAGGACAAUUGCUAACCGUGUACAUUGACGUUGAUUCGGGACAAAGCAUUGAUGUCACUGAGGAUGAUCCACGAUGGCUGGGGGCAUGGUGGAUUGGAUUUCUUCUGUCCUGGCUCUUGGCUUGGUCUUUGAUAAUACCUUUUUCUUGCUUUCCAAAACAUUUACCAGGUACAGAAGAAAUUCAAGAUGGAAAAAUUUCCCAGGCUCAUCAGAGUGGUUCCGUACAGCAUACAGAUAGGAAUUUUGGACAAAGUUUUAAAGAUUUUCCAGCUGCUGUAAAGAAUUUGAUGAGGAAUACUGUCUUUAUGUGUUUAGUUCUAUCAACUUGUUCAGAAGCCUUAGUUGCUACUGGAUUUGCCACAUUUUUACCUAAAUUUGUAGAAAAUCAAUUUGGAUUCUCUUCCAGCUCUGCAGCUACCCUUGCAGGGUCUGUUUUAGUUCCUGGAGCUGCUCUUGGUCAGAUUUUAGGUGGUAUGCUUGUUUCAAAAUUCAAAAUGACGUGUAAAAACAUAAUGAAGUUCACUUUGCUCACGACUGUAAUUGCACUUAUACUAAGCUUAGUGUUUCUUUAUACCACCUGUGAAAAUGCUCCAUUUGCGGGUGUGUCUGAAUCAUAUAAUGGGACAGGACAACUGGGAAAACUGACUGCUCCCUGUAAUGCCAAUUGUAACUGCCUGCGAUCAUAUUAUUAUCCUCUCUGUGGAGGAGAUGGAGUGCAAUAUUUUUCUCCCUGCUAUGCAGGUUGUACAAAUUCCAUUUCCAAAAAACAUCCAAAGGUAUAUCAAAACUGUUCAUGUAUUAAAAGGAAAAUAGAAAUAACACCUACUCCAUCAAGUCCUGAUUUUGAGGCUAAAGCUGGAAAAUGUUCAGUUCAAUGUAAAAACUUGCCCAUAUUCCUUGGCAUAUUCUUUGCUGCAAUUGUUUUUACCUUUAUGGCUGGUACUCCUAUAACUGUGUCCAUCCUAAGGUGUGUUAAUCAAAAUCAACGGUCUCUAGCUUUGGGAAUACAGUGUAUGUUGCUUCGAAUAUUAGGCACAAUACCUGGACCCAUUAUAUUUGGCAUCGCAAUAGACAGCACAUGCGUUCUCUGGGAUAUUAACAAAUGCGGAAUUAAAGGAGCUUGCUGGGUUUAUAAUAACAUCCAGAUGGCCUAUAUGUUCAUGGCCAUAAGUAUUAUUUGUAAAAUUUUCACUGUUUUCUUCAAUGGAUGUGCAGUCUUUUUGUAUAAACCACCACCAUCAGCCACAGAUGUGCCAUUUCAAGAUCAGGAUGCAGUUGUGACUACAGUUUCAUUAGAGUGUGAUCUCAAUGAAGCAGGAAAUAAAGGGUGAAUCAGAAAAAGAGAAGACUUUUACAGUUCGAUUAAAAAUUGGCCUCCAUUUGUAAGAAUGUAUAUUGUUGCUGGAACAGUAACUACCCAAUAUGGACAAUCAUUUUAAAAAUUGAUAUUUUAUAAUUAAAUGUUUUUUCCGUCUAGUAUGGACCCUUAUUUGUUUGUGUUUUAAUGUAAGAAACAGACCUGUGCCUUCAAUGCCUGUCAGAAGCCUCAGCACAUACACAUACACACAGGUAUGAAAUUUCAAACUAAUAAACUCUACUUGAAAGAAAAAGCCAAUGAUUAGUUAAAAGUUUACUUUUUUUUUUUGCUUUUUUAGGGCCUCACCCAUGGCAUAUGGAGGUUCUCAGGCUAAGGGUCCAAUUGGAGCUACAGCUGCCAGCCUACACCACAACUAGAGCAAGGUGGGAUCUGAGCUUUGUCUUCAACCUACACCACAGCUUAUGGCAACGCCAAAUCCUCAACCCACUAAGUGAGGCCAGGAAUGGAACCCUCAACCUCAUGGUUCCAAGUUGGAUUCGUUUCUGCUGCACCAUGAUGGGAACUCCAAAAAGUUUACAUUUUAAAAACAAAACAACGUUUCUGGCCUCGCUCAGUGGGUCCUAGAUUCGGUGUUGCCAUGAACUGUGGUGUAGGUCACAGAUGUGGCUCAGAUCCCAGGUUGCUAUAGCUAUGGUGUAGGCAGGCAGCUGUAGCUCCGAUUUGACCCCUAGCCUGGGAACUUCCAUACGCUGCAAGCUCAGCCCUAAAAAACAGGCAAAAAAUAAAAGUAAAAAAAUAAGAACAAAGUGAUGUUUCUAUCCCUCUUACAGCUUGUUUUAUAAUUAUCAUUGCCAGUAGUUUGGGCUUGUUUAGAAAACUUAUGGUGUAAAAAUUUAAAUUCAUCAAGUUUAUGUUUUUAAGUUUCAAGAGCUCUUAUUGAAAGACCAUGAAUUGAAAACCAUCUAAAUAAUAUUGUUUGUUUUUAAAUUUACAAAUACUAGUCUAUCCUUGAUUUUUCACUGCAGGUUAUGAAACUAUUGGAAUAUGGGUUAAUUACCUUGUGUCCCUGUACAUAGUGAAUUCAGAAAUAGUAGCAUGGUAUACAUAUAUUUCCACUUUAACUCAAGAAUUUCAGGAGGUAAUUUUUUGAUAUUGCAGGUUUCUAACACUUUCAUUAUUCUGUGAUAGUAUUAUUCACUUACAUGUCUUCCAGAGGAAAGUACCAGUUUCGGUCAAGAAAAGUGCCAAUCAGACACAAAAAGAUUUCCUUAUUUUUUUUAGGCUUUCUAUAUCCUAUACAUGGAAGCAGGGAAUUGAAACAUUUUCCAGCUAUACAGUAAUGGCAAGUCCUCAGAAACUUAUUGAUAGAGUGUGAAACAACACAAUAACUGUAAAACAUAUUAGUCUAAGGCCACUUAAUUUAGAGAAAGAAAGCAAUCACUCUAGUCAUAGAAAUAGUUUGAUAAGUCACUAAGUAAUUGACAUUCACAAUGAUUUUUAGUCAUCAAGGAUUUCGUACUCAGCACACUAGAUUUUAUAAGAUGAUAUAUUUUUACAAUUUGAAGUAAAUUUUUUUUAUUUUUUUGUAUCUACUAUUUUUUUUAAACUUUGCAUUAUUGAUUUACAAUGUUCUGUCAAUCUUGUUGUAUAGCAAAGUGGCCCAGUCAUUCAUAUAUAUAUAUAUAUAUGUAUUAUGCACACACACACAUUCUUUUUCUCAUAUUAUCCUCCAUCAUGUUCCAUCACAAAUGGUUUGAUAUACAAAGUUUUUUAAUGAAAAUGAUUAAAGAAAAUAAUUUUGGCACUUAAAAAAGUGAGACUAUAACAUACAUACUUACAAAGAAUACCUCCUUUUAUGAUAGAGCAUUAUAGACACUACUGUAAUUUAUAAACAUUGUUUAUAUUUUUGGAUACACCUAGAUUAUAUAAGUUGGUAUUAUGCUACUUAAAAUUUUUUGUUUUUAACUUUAUUUUAUUUUUGGCCAUGCCUGCAGCAUGUGGAAGUUUCUGGGCCAGGGAUCGAACUUGAGCCACAGCUGUAACCAGAGCCACAACAGUGACCAUACCUGCUGAGCCACAAGGGAGCACCCUAUGCUACUUUUAGAACAUAAUUUUUCAUAAUGUGUAUUUUUCACGAUUUGUAAUGAUUUUUAAGUGAGCUUGAAUUUGUAAGUUGACUAUGGUGAUUUUUGUGCAUAAUUGAAUAUAUGUCUUUAAUAUUUGGAUUUUCUAACCUCUAGGAAAUACAAAUGUAAAACUCUGAUACUUGGAAAGAACUGUAUAAAUUGUUUACCUGUGUUAUUUGGAGGAAAACACAAAACUUUAGCUCUAUUUUUUUCAAGAUUUUCUUAUAAAUAAUCAUGUAAAAUGCAUGUUUUUUUAAAAUUAAAAUGUACUAGAUU